CCGACAGAGGAAGGGGGGGUUGAGAGAACACGAAGUGAGUGAGUGGAAAAAGAAAAAGUCUGAGCCGGAGAAAGAAGAGGGGCAGAGAAAGAAGAGAGUUGGCUUUGGUACUUUUGUUCCUUUCAGAAGCGCCGCUGUUUGACUGUCGGUGAGGAUGAUGAUGAUGAUGGUAGUGUGGAGGAGGAAUCGACCAUGCGACAUCGUUGCAACAAACGGGAUGAAAAUUUAGACUCGUCGCAUUCCGUUGCUCCAGCACCGACCAACGGCGGCACGACUCCUCCAAACUUCGACCUGCGCCAUUCAGACCAGGGCGACUGGAUUUCUCCCCCCUGAGACUCGGGGCAACUUUUCGCAUCAGAAGCCCCCGUGCUGAAAAACAAAUACUCUGCCACAAAAGUUUUUUGAGUAAACGUCGAUGAGUCGAGAUAAAAAGCAGAACCUCAUGCGAAGUUAGCGGAGAUUUUUUUUACUCAACUUCAGAGCCGAGCUUGUAAUCGGGGCAGGUUCUUUCUAACGAGCCUCUUGUGAGAACAACACCGGAGGAAGGAGUGGGGUGUCACUGCUAACUUGGCUAAAGGCUAGCUAACUAACGUCUAAAGUUACCACCCGACAGGGAAAGUGACUGAAGCAGCACACCGACGACGGCAACCAAGAUGAAAACCCCGGCAGACACGGGGUUUGCUUUCCCGGAGUGGGCUUACAAGCCCGAGUCGAGCCCGGGCUCCAGGCAGAUCCAGCUGUGGCACUUCAUCCUGGAGCUGCUGAGGAAAGAGGAAUACCACGACGUCAUUGCCUGGCAGGGAGACUAUGGAGAGUUUGUCAUCAAGGACCCUGACGAGGUGGCCCGCUUAUGGGGGGCCAGGAAGUGUAAACCACAGAUGAAUUACGACAAGCUCAGCCGAGCACUAAGAUACUACUACAACAAGAGGAUCCUCCAUAAGACCAAAGGGAAGAGAUUCACUUACAAGUUCAACUUUAACAAACUAGUGCUGGUCAACUACCCCUUCAUCGACAUGGGCUCUGGUCGAGGAGUCCCUCAAAGUGCCCCUCCAGUGCCGACCGGAGGCACCCACUUCCGUUUCCCCCCCUCCACGCCAUCAGAGGUCCUCUCAUCCAGCGAGGAGCUGCGCAGUCCAGGCAUGUUCAGUAGCGUGGCCCGGCGCAUGGCCCGAGGCUCCGUCAGCGACUGCAGUGAUGGCACCUCCACCAACUCAGAGCUGGAGGAGGCUGUGGGGGCCGAUGAGCGAGGCGUGGGGCCUGACAGGGCCUUCAGGGGUCUGCUUCCUCCCCGCCUGCCUCAUGAUUCCCUCUUCAGGGUCUACGGUGGGGCCCCGAACCCAGCAGGGCUACCCAGACCUGCCCCCAGGGUCCACCCUGAGUCUCUGUCCCCAUUCCCCGUCUCCCCUCUGCCUGGUCCCGGAGGUCUUCUGGCCCCAACUCUAUCCCCAGCCCUGUCCAUGACCCCCACCCCCCACCUGCCCUACACUCCCUCCCCCUCCCUGUCCUCUCCAAUGAUGGGCUCCCACUUUUCCUUCAACCCAGAGGAUAUGAAGCACUACCUGCAGGCCCACACCCAGUCUGUGUACAACUACCACCUCAGCCCCCGAGCUUUCCUCCACUACCCCAACAUCGUCAUCCCUCAGCCCCACCGCCCCACCCUGGAGAAACCGGCCACCCAUCACCUCCACGCUCCGCCCCUGCCGCUCUCUCAUUCGCUCAGCCAGCAUGCAGGAGCAGGGGAGGAGGGCCAACAGCACCCGUCUCCGUUCAAGUUCAAGCUGCAACCUCCUCCACUCGGGCGCAAGCAAAGGGAAUCAGGAAGCUCAUUGGCCGCUUCUGCUUCCUCCUCAUCCUCCAGCCUGUCCUCCUCAUUCACAGGGUCUGGGCAGACAAGCAACUCUGUCCUGGCUGCUGGGGCUCCAAAGAUCAAGGUGGAGCCAAUAUCAGACAUCGAGUCAGAAGAAGAAGUGGAGGUGACUGACAUCAGUGAGGAAGAUGAGCUGAAUCACAACGACGAGGAUGCUAGAGGUGACAUCUUCACCCCGGCAGCUCGUCAUCACCAUCAUCAUCAUCAGCUCAACAACCAUCACCAGGCUAAUGGGAACGGCAGCAGCCCCUCUGCUGCUCUUCCUCCACACAGUAACCAUGACGAUGAUCCUGAAGACGAUGAGGAGGUCUUCAAAACUCCCGCCACUCCUCCCAUUGGCAGUGCCGGCCUGGCCUUUCCUCUGAUCAGCCUGAAGAGCGAGCCGGGUCAGGCAGCUCCCAUCAGCCCCGGAGGCACGCGCUGCAUCCCGCUCAAACUCCGCUUCAAACGCCGCUGGAGCGAAGACCAGAAGAUGGAGGCAGAUGGAGAGAGGGACGAGGCAGAGGACAAAAAAGUGAGGGCUGAGGGAGAGGAGGAGGUGGAGGGGAAGACAGAGGAGGCAGGGAGGAGAGUAGGGGAGGUGGAGAAUGGGGGAGGAAGAGGAGGUGUUAUUUUGGGGUUGAUGCUGCCACCACCUCCUACCCAGCGUAGAGCGAGCUCAGAGCUGCAGCGGGCCACGGCGCAGCUGUCUCUGGAAAACACUGGCUGCUGAGCCACACACACACACACAUACACACACACACACACACACACACACACACACACACACACACACACACACACACACACAGGGGAUCCUGCUUAGAUACAAAACACACACCUUUGGGAGUCUUGUUAACAAGUGUAAUAGUUUCAUGUAGACCAUGAUGCCUCGUGGGUUCUUGACCGAGCACAAACAUGGAGACAAAACCGAAAGGUUCUGACAUAAACACAUGUUCAUUUUCUUCAGUGUAAAUUUGAAAAUUUACUUUCAUCCUAUGUAGGAAACAGUUUUUUGUGCAAUAAUUAAAGUUAUAGUCGGGGUUACUUGACGUGUGGUUGUGUGAGGUAGUCAUGCAUAGUCGGUAUAUAACCUGGAGUAGAUUCAGAUCAGCGCGCUGCCUGUUAGGAGGAGCAGCAGGGAACACGGUACACUAGCAGAGCCAUGUGCUGCUGUGGGAGGGGCCACCUGAAAAAAACAUGUUUCUGACACUUGUAAAAGACGCCCACUGAAACAAUCCAAUAUCCUUUUAGAUGUGUGAAUAUUUUCAGUGCUUUAUCUUCCCGUGAAAAUGACUGUAUUCCUACACACAAACGCACCUACAGCACGCACUAUAUCAAGCUGCUUUCUGAUUCACGCAGGUGACAUGCGGCUGUAACAUAAUACAGUACAAAACCAAUGCUGUUUUCCCGCAAAGAUAAAGCACUGACAAUAUUCUAUAUGAAGCACACAUUUAAAUGGAUAUUGAAUUGUUCCGGUGGGUGGGUGUGUCUAAAACAUGUUUUUUCUGCUGGCCCCGCCCACAGCAACACAUGGCUCUGCUAGUGUCCCAGUGUUUCCUGCCGUCUCUCCUAACAGGCAGCGUGCUGAUCUGAAUCUACUGCAGGUAACACACUGACUAUGUAUGACUACCUCACACAACCCCACGUCAAAUAACCACAACCAUCACUUUAAAGGAGUUGUUCGGCACUUUUUACUGACCUCACUGCCCCACAGCCUCCUUAAAUUACUUAACAGAGACACAAUCUUUUCCUAGAAAGGUAGUAAAAAACGAGAUGAAUGUGUUGAUCUAUUAACCUUUCAGGUUUUGUCACUGCUUUUGCAGGAUCUGUAGCUUUGAUGCGUCAGAGCUGUUAGCAAGUAGCUGCUGGGCGUUAUGAUCUGUGUGAAACCAUAAAACAUAGAUGGCCUGUGUAGCCUCUGAUGUACUGCAAGGCAAGACACCUCUGUGUCCCUGGUACCUUAUCAAGACAAGAACACAGCAGAGUUUCUGAUGUGACUUACAACACUAAGAGAUAACCAAACUUUAGUCUGUAUAUUGACUUCUGUCCUGUUUCAAACUUAGCACCCUACAGAGAGGGAGCCUAUUCUUUAAUAUCUCUUAGGAAUUGCACACUGCCUUCUCCAUGCCUCCUUGCCCUCAUAGUGCCAGUUAUGCCAGUAAGUCUGUCAGGGAUCACACCUGUGCCCAGAUUAUGUCUUUAAUGGGAUUUAAUGGGUCUAUUUGUUUGUCUGGUGCAGUGAAACGAAUCACAUCCUCCUCUUUCACAGAGUAGUGAGGCAGCCUGAAUUGUACAGCAGUAGAUAGAAUGAAUUUUUCACUCAUGUCUGGCUCAUUUGAAGAUGCUGAGCCCCUUUUCGUAACUUCCCUCUCUUCCUUUUCCCUCCUUUUGUGUUCACCAUAACAGACGAACAGAUCCUGAUGUUACUAAAAAAAAACACUUUUAACAGCCCUGAUAGAGAUUACAGAAGUGCCUCUGUCUGCACCCAUCACCAUGCAGUCGUUUACAAGGUGGAGGGCAGUGAGCAAGACAAAAAAAAAAAAAAAAAACUAUUAAAAAAAAACUGAGACCUUGCACCGAUGGAUCUUACAGACUAAAGAGGGUUUUCUCCCUUUCAAGAGGUGAUUAGAAAGAACUCUGCAAUCACAGUCUGUUCUCCAGGAAACGGCUCGGACGCUGUCAGACUUCAGUGUGGCCGGACUGAGUGGUCUCUUCAUCCCCCGCUCAUUCACUACAGUGUAUAAAGACAUGAAAUGAGGACAGACUUGUACAUCUUGAGGGCAGACAAACUAAAGCCUGAGGAGGAGAGGCGCAUUUUUGAUGAACCGACUUUGACCUCUCGACCUCUGACCUGUCACAGGGACAGACAGCAUCAUCAUUAAGACGUUUGUUAGCCAGCGAAUGGACGCGGUUCCCACUGUACAGAAAAAACCAUGAGAGGAAAGAAAGCGUCUGAUCUUUCUGUCUCUUGUUCUUCAUUUGUGGAGGAAAUGAGGAAGCAGCUACAAGCAAAGGCUGUAAUUAAAGACACACUUGUUUCUGAAUGUGUGCGUGGACCCAGAGUCUCAAGGAUACAGAGGGUGUCAGCGCUUUUCUUGUUUCCUGUGUGACUUCGCACAAUCCUGGAGGUGUUUGGAGUUUUCAGAUCAACAGCUCUCUUCUGCAUUCCCCCCGUUUAUUUUUUAAAGACUGUAUUCUUUCUGUCAGAGUACGCUUGUGCCUCCCGAGGGCACGGACAGUAUUUUAGGGCAUUUGCAGUGAUCUGAGGGCUUUCUGUAUUUUUGGAGAUAAUAGCCGAAUCUGUUCAUGUGAUGUUUUUUGAGAAGCGACGAUUUCGAAUCUGUCGAGAGCAGAACGGGAACCAUGUCAUGAAUGUCGAGCAUCAAGGUUAACUCAGGCAAAACCUUCACUGAGAUAUUGAGAAACAACUUAUUUUUAUGACGUUUUAUUCAAAUAGUUUAAAAAAAGAAAAAGACCCAUUUUAAUGAACAAACAAUUCCAAAUAAGAGUGUGCCUUUUUUAAGCCAACGUGAGUUUUAUCAAGUACCCCCAGCAAAAUAUUUUAUCACACACACACACACACACACACACACACACACACACACACACACACACACGCACGCACGCACGCAUGCACACACACACACACAGUACAGUACCACCAUGCCUUCUUCUUUUGUAAAAGAGAGAUACAGAAUAAGUAAAUCUACACAUAUAUAUUUUAUUCAAAUAUAUAUUGAAUUCAAAUAUUAUAUUUCAAUAUGGUCAUUUGAUACAAAUCAGGAAAAUCCUACUAUUUUUAAUGGUAAAGAUAUGUAUAUAUUCUAAUGGCAUAUUAUUACCAGUAUAAUUCAGCCUUUGCCUUCUCACCCUUGCCUUCUCUUGACCGUUGAGCUGCAGUGACAAAAGGCCGCCGGCAUCAGAGUUUUAUAUUUAUAUUGUUAAAAUAAAAAACAGUUUUGUGUAUUCAGGGGACGGAGGGUGUGAUGGGACAAGGAUAAAUGAGCAAGCAAGAACAUUUAACCAGGCCUAGGUCAAAUUAUGUUUACCUUCUUAGUGGGUGUGUUUGUUUUAACAUCCCUGGAGUAGCAGCUCAGGUGGGGUUUGCCUAGUCAGGACACAAAGGUAAAUUUAAACUCAUUGUUAGGUAAAACAUUUUGACUCUCCUCAUUUUUGUCCCACCUAGUAAAUCCCACCCACCUUGGACUAAAACUCCUGAAUUAUUUGCAGCCACUGUUUGACCCAGAUCUGAUCAAAACCCACGGAGGUGCGGGUUGUAACGGGGAGCGAGUGACAGACUCAUGUGUUCAGAGCAGACUGCUUCUGAUUGGAUUCUGAUUCUGAUUGGACGACACAGAUGAUAUGACCAGACUUUGGUUUGAGUGUGGACUGUGGACUCAAGCUGCUUUGUGUGUGAACCACAUGUGUAUGGGCUGGUCUGAACCCUGCCCAUAUACACCCACACAAACGCACACACACAGUCCUGGCUAGAGACAUGGCUUUACUGUGGCUAAAAUAAAGGGAAACAUGACAUCAGAUGUGACAUCAGACGCCCCUGCAGUCUCUCUCUCUCUAGAGAGUAGACGGCAUAACCAUACAAACUACACACACUCUUACACACAUUUACACACACACGCACACACACACAGAGGAAAUGGCAUCACAAAACCUCAGAGUGGAGUGGAGAGAGAGGGACUUCCCAUAAUCUGACUCGCCCACUCUGCCCUGUGUGUGUGUGUGAGUGAGUGAGUGAGUGAGAGAGAGAGAAUGAGUGGUUUCUAUGGUUAUGCCAUCAACACACACACACACACACACAAAGCUAUUCAAUGCAGCCUACAAAGAGUCUCGGCCCUGGGUUAUUUAGUCCCAGCUAUCGUGUCCAGAUUGUGGAACCAGCUGCAGUCUCACAUCUGAAUCUUCAAGACUCACAUUGUCAUUUCCAAUUGAUUUUUCUUCCCAGGCACAAAGAAACUUGUACGUCUGUCCUUCUACAUACUUGUUAACAUUAUCAGCAUUCCUCCUUUCUUAAAAACGGGGUCAAACCUCCCACUUACUUUAGGUGGAGAUUUCUAAAAGUGCCAGCAGUAAUAUUUCAGUGAAGUUUAAGGACAGAAGUAGCAGUUGACAAGUGUCUGGUGAAGAAAGAUUUAAAAACACAGAGCUGUACGUGAACUGUUACACCCGCGCUGCCUUACCCAACGUGGCUUCAAAAACAAAACACAGGAUAGUUUUAACUAUUUGCCCACCGAUAUUUGCACCCCUCGAUUUCAUUGAUGCUGUUCUUAUCAUUUUCUUCUGUAUGUUUUCAGACGUAUUACUGUUACUCUUGUAAUUAUUAUAUUAUUAACAUGACUAUUUUUGAUUAUUUUGUACCCUCUUGCCAUGGCCCAGCCUCUUCUCCAUGAAUUCCUGGUUUUCUGUGAGUUUUUGUUCCAGUUUGCACUCGUCUCCAUAAACUAUAACUAUUCAACUUCAGUGCAGUCUUUUCUGUUAAUGUUUUCUUUUCUUUUUUUUUUAAAUCUUUUUUUUCACUCACACGGAUUUUAUAACCAUGUUACCAUGGACAAGAGGAGGGUCACAUAAACCCCACAUGAUAUACAGUGGGAGAAAGAAACAAUUGUUUUCAUUUUUUGAUGUUGUGUAUAUAUUUUUUUUCCAUUUUGGAGGAUUCUGUAAGAAAAAAAGAGCAUUGUACUGUUUAGCCAUUGUAUUAUUUGAAAUGCAUCCCCCUGCCCUCUCUCUGGUCGUCUCUGUCCCUCCUCUCAUGUCCACCUCGGUGGUGAGCUGUCACUCCAGAGCAGGGACAGAGACUUUAGUUUUUAUCAUGGAGGAACCACCUGUACUUCUGUUUCUCUUCUAUCUGUUCAUCUUCAUUUGUAAUUAAACAAUAAUCAGGGUUCAUUAAAAAAGGUAAAAAAUUGA